AACUAUUUUGCGUGUUUAGAAUUCUCUCAAAAUGACAAGUUAUCUUCGCGUGUGUCUUCUCACAUUGAAAAAUUAUUAAAAUCGAUCUAUCGCUUUUCUUUAGACACACAUACACAUACAUACACAUACACACAUUCAAUCGUUGCAGAAAUAAAUUAUAGUACGCGCGGGGUAUCAUUCACAUCGAAUUAAGUUGCGCAAGGUCGCUGCGAGAGACGAAAGUAAAGUCAGCUGAUACAAAAUCAAUAUCCCCUCGAAUUGUGUCGACCUGGUCGCAUCAAGACCGCGCCUCCGUUCACAAUUCCAUUCGCACGCAAAAGAAGUGGCAGAAGAACUGAGAAAGCUAUAAAUAUUUUUUUUUCUUCGCGCGUUCAAUACCUGCUUACCCAUCUAUUUACGUCCGCGAGACGAGAUCUCUCGAGGAAAGAUGGACGGCUGGAAGAGCUGGAAAAGAUCGGAGAGCUGGUUUUUUUCGGCAUGGUACCAGCGCGUGAGAGAGUCCUACGUUGCAGCCUGGUUCUUCGGGGUGUUUCAGAACAAUAGGACGAUGUCGACGAGCACCGCCCCGGGUGGCGGCGGUGGCGGCGGCGGAGGUGUCGGCGGUGCCCUCAGCCUGAUGGGUUGCGUGAGGGAGGCCUCGCCGCCCCCUCAGAAUCAUCACCCGCACCAUCAUUAUCAUCAUCAUCACCAUCAGCAGCAGCAGCAGCAGCAUCGCGCUUUCGGUCUCGGCGAGUUCCCGGCAGUUCAGCACAGCAUCGACCCUGUACCCAAAGAACCAAAGAAACGCCGUUUUCAUCCCCUACGCGGUCUCCGGAAGAUUUUCCGGCGGAAAAGCCGCGGUGCUGCUGAUGCGCGUCUCGUUUCCAAUUCAGGCGAUCGAGAUGCUGAAUUGGCACAUCUCCCGCGGGAGGAGAUCACGAUGAGGCAUCCUGCGGGACGCCCCGAGGAGGCUCGCAGCAGAAGCGCCAGCGAGCUUCUCACCGACGCUUGCGACCGAGAAAGCGUAUUCCUCCGGAGAGGAGGAGUGCAGGAUAAUCUCGUCAAGUUACGAGCAGGUGCCGGCAAGUUAUCAGUGUCGCAUGAUAGCGUUUUCCCGGGGGAAGUCCCUCAUACUCGGCCUCUCUCCUCGCUGGCCAGCUUGACGACGCUCGAGCGGAGGCAGACUAGGAAGAGUAACGAGAUCAUCGAGCACAAGGAGUACAAUCAUCACGCCGCACAAAGGCACCGGAUAUCCCUGCGGGUACUCGAACAAAUCAAGACGGUGAUAGAGAAUCGGAACCAACUGGCCUCGGCAACCUCGACAGAGGCGGCCAGUAUAGCACAUACUGCCGGCGAGCGGUAUCAGCAGGAAACCACCGAGAACCGCUUCGCCGUGUUUGAUAAACAUGGAGAGAGGAGCAGCGCGGAGGAGUGUCAGCAGGCAAAGAUUACGAGAUCAACGAAAGAUACGGUCGAUCGAACUGUUCUGGUGGCCAAGGAAGAUUUACCACAAUUGGAAAGCGCGAGCUUGAAUCAUACGGCGGCACAUCAUAGGAUUUCCGUGCGUCCAAAGAACCGACGUCCGCCACGUCGUACAGUAUCAACGACGACACCAUCCGAUGUCGGCCUUUCCAACUCGCCGUCGAUACCACCGACCAUUGUCGAGGAUACUCUAGACAGUUUGGAACAACAAAAACGGGAGCAACAAAAACAGGAACAACAACUAUCUCAACCGACGAUUAGCAAUAGUAGUUUGUCACCGACCGAACCACCAUCCAAAACUGUUGGCGUGAUCAGAAAGUCGUCGAGCCGAUUGUCCCGCAAUUCUGACAUCUUCGAGGAGUUAGAGUCGAGGCUGCCGAGGAAGACGAGUGCGACCUCGUUGUCGCCAGACAGCCUAGACGUCACGACGGUUUCACAGAGCAGCGCGGAAAUGGCCACCGCCGCCACCGAGGAACAGCAGCAGCCAGAGAUCAAAUGGAUCACUAGGAAACCAUCAAACCGAAUAUCUAAGGGCUCCGAUGUAUUCGAGGAGCUGGAGGCAAAACUGCCGCGCAGGAGAUCUUCGUCGAAUCGGUUAUCCAAAUCGCCAGACAGCUUGGACUCAGCUCCCGGUUGUUGGUUCUCCAAAUCCACCGAUGAGGCCUUCGACAAACUCGUGGAGUAUGACGAAAUUGCGAAGCCGGUAGCCUCGGUCAGGCGACCGUUGCUAAAUCCGAUCUCAAAAUCCACCGAUCGCGUCUCCAAGUCGUCAGACAGUCUAGAGGCAAUCGAACCGUUGGUAAGCGACGAUUCGAUCGAGCGACGACGGAACAGUUUUGAUUUUCGAGCGCGCAAGAGCUCGAAGGUAAUCUCUAAAUCGUCGGAGAACUUUGACAUGCUCGAGCAAAGCGGCUGCGUUGAAGCAGAGAUCGGCCAGGAACUGCAAAAGAGGAGUAGCGUGUCCGAUAUUAAUCUGUCGCGCAGUCGAAGACUGUCGAAGAGCAUUUCCAAAUCGUCCGAGAGCUUCGAGAGGAUCGACAUGAGCGACAUGAAGGAUGACGUCGACGUAGAAGUGCUGCUGGAGGAUGAUGCACCGAAAGCGGGUGGCAGACGGACCAAGAGGAUGUCCUCAGAGAGCUCAGACAAUCUAGAUGGGGAGGAUAGGCUGGAGAAUAGGAGAGUCAGAAGAACGCCCAAGACCAGCAUAGUGGACAUGAUAGUUUCUGGAGACGAUCACGAGAGAGAGAGGCGACCAACACCUUCUAGAAAACCGUCAAGGCUUCAAAAGUCUUCCGAGAGCUCGGAAUUGGGUAGUACGGAUACUCUGGACUCAGAAAGGAGAAAUAAGUCGUCGGAGAGUACCGAGACGCUGGACAGUCUCGAGAAGGACUUGGAACAGGAUAGAAAAGACGAGGAGAUAACGGAUAGCGUGGUGGACAAGCGUGAAAAAAAUGAUUCUUGGUCUAGCAGAAACGUGGCAGUGACCGAUUCCGAUCAAGCAUCGAUGGGAGAUGACACUGAGGAUUCCAAGUCGCUUAUUUCUGCCGAUAACAAAUACUAUUGGCGCCAAUCCUCCGAGCCGGUAUCCAAGGAAAACUUGGGUAUUCAACAGUUAUUAGCUAUUACGAUAAUGACCAGGAUGGCCGAUAACGGUAACAAUCAACGCGGUUCCGUCAUGUAUCCGAAGAAAAGGCAACAAAUGAGUACAUCACAACCAUCGUCACCCGUAGCAAAGCAGGAGGACACGAAGAUGCUGUUCGAUAAUUUGUUAGUGAGCAGCAAAAACGAUGAGGAUCUGCAGAACAUGCUCAACGGAAACAUAUCGGAAGUGUCAACUGAUACCAAAAGUUUUAAGGAAAAGCUGAUCAUGUUCGAGAAACUCGGGAAAUGAACGCGCGAUGAUAGAACGAUGUGAAAUCGUUCUCGCAAUUCCUUUUUCGAUUAGCGGACCACUUUGAAGGUGGUCAAAAUUUAAUGCAAAGACACGGGAAACCUGAGAAGAGAUAAACGAUCUCGUUUAGUGCUUGGUAAAUAUAUACAUAUUGUUGUAGAGUACAUCCUAGUGGAAUGCAUCCUAGUGCGACUAUUUGGAUCACAAAGAAGUUGAUACAAAAGGAAAUCAAAAAUUCGAUUGCGGAUAAUUAUUUUUCGCAGAGAAGUUUGAUUAUAUUCGCAGAGCUAUGGAAUUGAAAUAAAAAAAUAAUGAAAGAUAGGUUCGCUCGAUGAGCGUAAUUACAUGUAUAAAAAUAAUAAAUUAAAAUAUUCUAAAUACUGAUUUAUAGAGAAGAUAAAUUUUUGAAGUAUCAAUGAAUACUUGAUAUUUAAAUUAUAUCUAAAUAAUUUGCAUGUUUUAUACGUUAAUUUGUGUAACUAUAAACGUAAUGUAACAUCGUGGAAUCUGUAACUCUUCAAAAAUCAAAAUAGCGUUCAGUUCAAGUCAAUAAUAUCCGGCUCUGCUUCGUCGUCGAUGCAUUUGGGGAACAAAAAUAUCAGCCCGGCGGCAAUUUUCUCAAUUCUCGAACGUGUUUUUCUAAAACGUUAAUUAAAAGUUAAUACUUUAUUGAGAUUAUAUUUGAUCGUGCAUCAAUGCUCAUCACAGAGGAACGUAUUCGCGAAUGCAUGUACAUUCUCGUAAAAAGCUUUAGCGUUUACUCGCAGAUAAUUGUACAAUAGUUUAGCAGAUGAUUCUCGGUAUGCGACGCAUUUAUAAAUAUCGUGUAUUAUCUCAUAUCGUGUAAAUAUGAAAAAAAUAUAUGUGUUAUCAUUUUAAUUAUCUUGAAGAUAAAAAAAUAUAUAUAAAUGUAUCACACUAUAUAUAUAGUAUAUAGGAUGUAUCAUAUUUCACGCCCAAGAAUUAGCGCUAUUCCUGAAUGAGAAAUAAAUUGAAAAGUCCUGAAUUAUUUUUUUUUCUGCGAUGCUUAACGAAAGAGAAAUUAUUAAAUAAAAGUCACUAAAUCAUUACCAAACAAUUUCAACAAUCAUAAAAAAUCAGCGACAUUUUUUAAGCGGACAUAUGUUUGUGAGGCGUGCAUCGAGUAGUGUACAUGGCUACAUUCAAUCCGGCACAUGGUUUACGAAGUAUACCCGUUCAAAAAACGGUGUUGAUUAGAUGAUUUUGUUUAAUAACUCGUCCAUUAAGCAUUGCAAAAAAAAAAAAAA